AAAACCCCCGAAUAUAGAGCGGGGGACAGGCAAGAGGGUAAAAUUAAAGGGUUUUCGAGGGUUGAAGAUAAAGGUCCACCCCAGGUCCCUCUCUUCUGCCUUGUUGGCGAGAGGUGAGCUGAACUCAGCAGAGCAGAAGAAGAAGAAUGGAGGUGAUAACAGAAGGAGUGAACAGCUUGAGCAUCGCGGAUUCAUCGCCCUCCAACAAAAAGAAGAACCGUAUCCAAGUCUCCAAUACCAAAAAGCCCCUCUUCUUCUACGUUAAUCUCGCCAAGAGGUACAUGCAGCAAUACAAUGAGGUGGAACUCUCUGCACUUGGAAUGGCUAUUGCUACAGUUGUUACCAUUGCUGAGAUAUUGAAGAACAAUGGACUAGCUGUUGAGAAAAAAAUCAUGACUUCUACGGUUGACAUGAGAGAAGAAUCAGGGGGACGACCAGUUCAAAAAGCAAAAAUUGAAAUACUGCUGGGGAAAUCAGAGAAGUUCGGUGAAUUGAUGGCGGCAGCUGCUGCCAAGGAUGUCUUAGAUAAUGAGGAGCAGAGCUAAGAUAAGAUUGUUGUUCUCUUAAUUUUAGCUUUGUCGGAGAGAUGAUAUAUCAUUAGGAAUUUUUGUAAAAGACUAUGAUCCCGUUGUUAUUCAAGAUUCAAAAUUGUUGCUAAUUAA